ACUUGCUUUGUAUGUCAAAUCGAUCCUGCUCUUUCCUGUCAACUUGAAAGUUCGGCUGCAACUCUCGCCCUUGCACGGUUCGAGCAUGUUUCCUUGGUUGCUUUCCGGGUCUUUCCGCCGUCGUGUGUUAGCAGCUGUGGUGGCCACGGGACGGUAGUUCUUGAUUGCGUUUCUAAGACGGCACUCUUUAGCUAGCUUUUUUUAUUUUUCCAGCUGCUCUUGGCAUCCGUCAGACACGGGCUCGUUAGUGUCGCCGUCAUUUGCAGUUCCACUCCAACUGUCAGCGUCGGGCGGCUCUAUAUGUCAAUUUUCAUGGGAGAGACACGGAAGCGCUUGCUCGCGGACUCUGGAACUGUAAAGUUUUCGCUUUAAGACUACACAAACGCCACACAAAGCCCGCCGUUCGUUGACGAGUUCUUGUCUCAUGGUCAUUUCUCUCGGUGAGGCUCAACAGUCCGGGUCACCUCCGCGAUGCAGAGCUGUCUGUACACCUGGAAUCUGGAUCGGUCGUACGAAAGAGGCUGGCGCUACUCACUCUGCGUGGCGCAAAACAGUGGUACUGCGGACCAAAUUUGGACGCUUCGCUUCUGAGAUUUUCGUCUUGGCCGCGGAAGAAGGCCCAAAUCCUUUCACGCGGGGGGCCUAAUGUAAAUGCGGUCCCGUCAAUUUUUCCGGUCCGUUCGUCCGGUGUUUCCCCUCAGGAGGCAAACCCGUUGCUGACGCGGCACUCGUGCGGCUUCCGUGUAGAUUUUUGCCUUCCUUCCAGGCCUGAUUUCAGCCUUUCUCCGGUCCUCAAUCUUAUCUCUGCUUCCCCCAGCCAGCUCCCCUCUCUUCCCGAGAAUGGCCUCGCGGCCUGUCUUCCCGGCAGCGCGGGAAGAAGGCGCGUCACGGGACCCCGGUCUGGUGUCAUGCCGAGAGGUACCGUCCCGGCGCAGUUUGCCUCUGUCGUCUCCGAUGGAGUCGAAUGGCGCAGUUCUUGCGGUUGCCUCUCCCACGUCGGAAAGUUCGUUUCCUUCCUCUUGUCCCUCCCUGAGAAAAGCUACGCCUCCUCGGCUUCCCUUGUCUCAAGCUCCGCUGCACCUUCCCAGUCCGUCGGCGUCGUCUUCAGGCUUGUCGACGAGGGCUACGUUCCGUCAGCUUCUCGCGCAAGUGGAGCAGCAGCUGGGGUCUUUGACGGAGUUGAGCUGCAGCGUCCGCGCGCAUGGAUUCGGGACUUCUUCCUCCUUGUCUCUGGAGGAGACGCGAGAGACCUUCGACACGCUUCGAAGUGACACCCUUUCCUCCCUCGAGCGGGCGAACCGUCUCCUCCACCAGCUUCGAAUCUCCUCUGCCUCUGCUUCCGGGUCGAGUUCCGCGCCGGUCUGUUCCCCCGCCCAACUCCGGCAUUUUUCCGACCUUCUCCUCUCUCUGAAAGCCGAGUGCGCGUCGGCUUGUGAGACGAUUGCUCUGGCCCUUGACCGCGCGGCGCUGCUGCAUGCAACCAGCGCCGAAACGCGCAGCGACUUUUCCGACGGGGAUCGAGGCGAAGAUAAAGACGACGAAGCCGCCGCAGCUGUGUUCUACGCGAGAGAGGCAGGGAGCUUGCGAGAGAGCAGCCGGAUGCUUUCGUCGAUCCUGCAGGCGGGGUCGAGUGCCCUCUACGCGUUGCGGACGCAGAAGGCAGUGGCGGGGAAAAUGAAGGAGAAAGUUCACGUAAUGGCCACGGGAGACGCGGGUGCGGUCUCCGGUCUCCUCGGUCAGAUCGAGCGACAGGGAAGAAAACAAAGACUCAUUCUCGCUCUCGUCAUUGCUGCAUGCGUCUGUCUUUCCCUCCUCUGGGUUAUGAGAGGCCAUGCGUCGGCUGUCGAUCCAGGUCCAGGGUGACAAGGCGAGAGUGAGUCUGCAAAGUGAGUUCGUGGAAGAGCGUUUCGUUCGUGGCAGAGCGUUUCGUUCGUGGGGUGCAGUCUCAGUGAGGUGGAUGCAGCGCGCGGAAACGCGAGGGACCUCUCUUUUGAAGAGCUUGUCUGUGUGAGUAAGCAUUUGUCUCUCCUCUCUGAAGCUCGAUGGGACGUUUCAUGAGUGGAAGGUGCACAAAACGCGGGAUGCCUCUGCAUCUGCUCGCCGUUCAACGCGCACAACCCUCUGCUGUUGCUGAAAAGUCACUCCUCUAGGUCGUCGUGCCUUGACCGGAACACAGACCUGACGUAGCUCUUUCUUCUUUUGUGCUGCUUGCUCACCUAAACGCACUCCAC